CCUUCCUCUACAACUUCACAAUGUCGAUUGUUCGUGUCGCUGGUUUGGACCAAUUCCGUGCUGCUGCCGAAACCGCCAAAGCCGCCAAUGCCGGCCGCCUCUUUGCCCUGUUCUGUGGCUCCAAGGAUCCCGCCACUGGAAACAGCUGGUGCCCGGACUGCGUCGCCUCCGAGCCGCACAUCAUGAAGGAGUUUGGCAAGCAGACCGAUGCCACUCUGAUCUACUGCACUGUCGGCGAGCGUGCCGAAUGGAAGGACAGCAACAACGUCUUCCGCAAGGCUGCCGAUCUCCGUGUGGCGUGCGUUCCUACGUUGCUCGAAGUUGACACUAAGCGACGCCUCAACGACGCCCAGUGCCAAGACCCCAAGCUGGUUGCCAUGUUCUUCGAAGAGGAGGAUUAAUGAUGGAUGUAAAACUUGCCUUCCGCACAAUUCAAUCCUUUCCAGUUCUCAUGCAACCAACUACCUUCAUAAUGCACCCAUCACGCAAUGAAUGACAAAGCUGAACAAUUGAAACCUUUGGCAAA